GCGUCACGACUACACCCGCAGCUUCCCAUUCGGGGCCCACCCUCCCUUUUCUGGGGAGCACAGCUCUCCGGGGCAGGGCAGGCACCUCCCACGUGGGCAGGCAGACGAUGCCCAGGUCUGAGCGUGUGAGCGAGCUUGUGUCCCGCCAGCCAGGGAGGUGGGGGAGGGCACGAUCGGAAGGACAGCCCGGGAAGAUCAGGGGCACAGGAGGGGGUGGAGUCCAGCUCGUCUCGCUCCUCUGCCUGUGCCCCCGCGCCCCCGCGUCCCGGUCCCUUCCUGUGCGCCAGGCCUCCCACGGCCCUGGCUGAGCCGAGCUCUGUGGACAGAAGCCCCGGCCUGGCUCCCACCCAGAAAUACUGGGCAGGGGCGAGGGUGUGCAGCCGAGAGGGGCGGGGUGCGUGCGUGUGCAACAGCUGCGAGGGAUGCAGCAGGUGGUGGGUGCGCUGAGCCUGCAGCUGCCAUCUGCCCGCCUUCCCCACAGGCGUGAAUGCAGAUCUGGACUGGGGAGGGGAGCGUAGGUGUCCCCCCGCCCCGGGCUGGCUUAAAUCCGGCCGAGCAGAGCGGCCAGCACGCUGACCAGCUCUGGCAGCCCGAGGAAGAGGCCCCCCGCCCAGCGACAAUGACCAGAGCCCCGCAGGGCCCCCGACUGCUGCUGGCCGUCGUGGGGGCUCUGGUGGCCCUCACCUACCAAACAAGAAGGAAGACCUUCAUCAGUGUCCGGGAGGUGCCUGCAUCGGCGUCCGUCGUGGUGACCACCCUGGACUACGUGACCAAGGAGUUCAACAAGAAGAGUGAGGACAAGUACAACUUCCGGGUCGUGCGGGUCCCCAAGGUCGUGCAGAAGCUGACCGACCACAUGGAGUACCACAUCAACGCUGAGAUGCGCAGGACCGUCUGCUUCAAGUCAGAGGCCAACAACUGCAGCUUUCAGGACGGGGAGCUCUACAAGAAAAUCGAUUGCUUCUUCUCAGUGUCUGUUUUGCCCUGGUUUGAAAAGUAUAAAAUUCUGACCAAAAACUGCACCGACGGCUAG